CAAGCCUGGAGGCAAACAUCCUUGACAAGGAUGUGCUGAAGGAAACUCCUGAGGAAGAAUACCUCAAGGAUGAUCUUGGAGUGAAGGGUCAAAUAAGCUGUGGCUGACAGGAUGGGUGCGGCUGUUGUUUUGAGCUCCCUGGAAUCUUCUGUAGGUCAAGAAGGAGUGGAGAAGAGCUGCUGGUUGCAACUCACAGGUUCAAGGAGCUCAUUCUCAGUUUGGGCGCAGCCUGGAGGCUGAGGAUUGGGCUCAUUCCUGGGUUUAUGGCACCUUUUGCUUGAACCAGUUUCAACCAUGACUGCUGGAGUGGUUUUGUCAUGUACCAGCUAUAAUACACUGAUAAAAGGAAGGAACAAAGUAGGAACUUGGACUACUCCCAGUACUGGAGGCAGCUUUACUGGUUUUGCUGAUGAUGCAGUUGUAAAUGAAGGCAAAGACUAGAUAGCAAUGACAAGGGCUACAAGGGAGGUGUUGCUCCACCAGGAGGGCACAGAACCCCUCAUCUUUCAUGGGAGGAAGAGGGAAAGAGGAAGGAAGUGAAGGUGAGCCACCAAGGAAGGAGACAAGGACAGUGACGAGGAGCUGUUCCCAGUGGGACCAUGGAAGGAAAAGAGACCUCACCAAGUCCUUAUUUGGAGGAAAGCAGCAUGUUGGACCUACCCUCUGCUUGUGACCUGGCAGAAAACUUUAUACCUCCAUGCAGCAUGGAAAACAGUGAGGAGCCUUGUUUUUCUGUGGUUACUCUUCCCUCUCCACCCACAGGAGAAAGCGGGCUACCCUCUGCAGUUCCUGGAGGCUGUUCCACUACAGGCGCUGAGAAAGCAAACACGAUCUGUGCCCCAAAAGCUGGGCUGCAUGAGCCCACUGAGCCUAGUGCAGCUGCACUAUCAUGGGUGUACAAACAUGACAGUGCCGAAGAUACUAGUGUUGGGAAAUCUCUUGACAGCUUCUACAAAAAGUAUUGUGAAACACAGUUGGGCAGAAGGGAUCCCACCUGUGAGGCUGGGUCACGCUGUCUGUCGCAGAAGAUCUCGGAGUUAGCAAACCGGGAGGGAAUGAAAUACGCUUUGCGUUGCCUGCAGAUGGCCCAGGUGGUAUUGAACAGAGAUGGAUGCAAAAUCUUCCCAAAUCACCCCACCACUGCUUGUUUCGCAAAGCCAGCUGAGGGAGAAGUUGUGCUGGAAGAGAGAACGAGAACACCUGGACUGUCGGAUGAUGUCCUGCAGCUCCUCUUGAAGCAAACACGGACAGCGCACAGCCCCUGACGUGUUGCAUGAGACAGGAGCAAAGUGCUGGUUUGCUUCUGCCAUCAGAGCUGUAAAGGAUUUGUCUCCGCGUGGAUGGCCGAUAGCUGCGAGUGUUUGCCCAUGAACAUAGGAUUCUGCAGUGUGUAAUGCUGCUGGCCUGGCUGCACUUAUUCCUGGCUCGCACCCGAGAGCAAAAUGGGAUCUGUGUGGUCGGGGUGCCAGUGGGGAGGUGGCUGCCGUGAUGCUUUCCAACAAAGUUUGUUUAAAGGUGUCUGUGCAAAUGUGUCAACCAAAACAAGAGGUCAUAGGGAUUUUGAUCUGGGUGAGUUUCUGGGGCACAAAAAAAGUGUAUGUGGGCAUGUAUGAGAGAGGAAUACAGCUUCUGAGUAGAUUUUCUUUUUUUAGCAGAGGAAAAAGAAAGAAAAGCUUUGUCGCCUUAGUGAUGUUUCUAACACUUCAAAUGCGCCAGCUGAGUAGAGUUGUGACUUUUUUUUUUUUUCCCUGUCUACAUGAGCUGGCAAAAGAGCAAACUAAAAUAGCUUCCUGGGGUGUUCUGCCACAGUGUUUGCAGGGAAGCUGUGGCACUGGAGCCUGCUGCCCUCUUAUCCAACUACUGGGAAAUACAGAGCACCAGGGAAAAGUAGAACUAAACUCUGAGCAAGUCCAAGCUGGUGGUUUGGUUGGUUGCUUCAGUGCUGAUUUCUCCAUCUCUCUCCCUGCUAAGCAAAUGCCAGUAUAUCCAACACUCUGCUGCUGCAGAUGCCCAGAACUUGCCCUGGUUUUAGUUGGCAAGAUCACUACUGGUGUUGAUGAGCCCAACACAUGGGUUUCCAAGCUUGGCUUGUGGUGACCUGAGUCACCAGCUCCCAGCUGCUGGCUAUGGUCAUUGCCAUGUGUGUGGACUUAACUGCUCAGGAGACCCAGAGCACUGUAAUCAAUCAUUAGAGCUUCUGUUAACUAAUUUGCAAUUAAGAUUAUAACAUUUGUGUUUUUGAAUGAUGUCUCAAACUCUUGCAGAGACACUUGGGUGGGAAAAGAUAGUUGCAUAAUAGUCAUCACUCAGCUUGCCAGGCCCAUUGCUUUGAUGCAGUUUUUGCUUUGCUUUACAAAAUGCUGAGGAUUGAACACUUCUUCUGGAAGGCUUGCAAGUCAGAGAGACCUGCUGGGAAAAACUGAGUUUGUCUUCUCCAAACUUUACUGUUGGUUUUCAUAAAAAUUUAGAACAAACCUAAUUGUUUUAUGAUUUGUUUUCAUAAUGUAGAUGCUUAACGAAGCAGAAUAGAGCUCAGCUGGAUGUAUUAGGCUCCAAAAAUCACAUUGACUUUAAUGUUAACAAAACAAGUUAGCUAUUUAGGGGAGUCUGACAAACUUGCCAGACACCUAACUGGUGUUAGGAGUCUAAGUAUCUUUGAGUUUAAAAUACCUAAUCAUUCCUGCCAUAAAAUGAACUGCUCCAUGUCUGGAGAAACCUCUUAAUUUUAGGAGGUGUUUCGUUGGGAUUUUAUAGCUCAAUUGCUUCUAUUAAGUUAAACAAGACUGCUGCAUGGAGAAUAAACACCCAUCACUCCUUUUCACACUUGCUGCUAAUUAAUUUUUUACGAACCUGUGCUGGAACCUGCUGUAUGUAUUUCCAAGUCUGCUGAAAGCCAAAUGAUAUGCAUUACUCAUUUCCUGAUAAAUGUCUCCUUAGUUUAUUCAAGACUGGGGGAAAUGAAUGCAUCACUCCCCUCUGUCAGAUGUUCCAGGCUAAAACCCCCAAUUGUUUUGAACACAUUUCACUUUAAAGAAGCGCAGUGCUAUUUGACAUUUUAUGGUGCUGCUCAGAAUAAAUUGUAAUGAUGAGUAUUAUUGCUGCUGAGCAAAAGCACAGGUGGUCCGCCAUGUC